ACAUCAAUAACAGUUAGUGAAUCAUUUGAUUUGCCCAAGGUUAUUAAUAUUUUGCAUGAAAAGGGAUAUAAGGAUGCCUCUGAUAUCAGUUCAAGUGGAGUUUCUGAUACAGAAAAUGAAACAUCAGGUUUGAAAUCCGAUAUCAUGAUAUUACUAAAUGGAACAGUUGUUGCCUGGGGUCUUCAUGAGAGUUUUUUAAUUAAAGAAUUUUUGCCAUUGAUUAAAGAAGGAUUUAUAAAUGAGUAUGAAGAAUAUGAAAGCGAAGAAAUGGAUUACAUUGAGCUAAAUGAGGCCAAAGAAAAGGAAAAGAGUUACAAUGAUAAUCAUGCCCAUGCCCACACUCAUAAAAAUAACUAUGAUAGUACGUUGGAUGGAGAUUUAUUGAUCAUUAGAACAUUGAAUUCCAACCAAAGGUUGUUGGACAAAGCAGCAUUUUCCGCUGGAUUGGCUAGAUCUACAAGACUUGCAAUUCUCGAAAACAUGUUGGAAAAAUUGAUUGGAGAGUCAAGAACCAAUACAUUGUUGUUGUCAAAGGGUUUAUUGAAAUUCAAGGCUGACUUAGCAAAGAACAAGGAGAUUUUGCAAGUUGUUGGGAGAAUGUUGGUUGUUCGAGGAAAGUUGAAUUUAUAUUCUGAGUUGGUUGAGAUACCAGACUUAUAUUGGUCAGAACCAAGUUUGGAAAAUUUGUAUAAGCAAAUUAGCCGAAACUUGGAUGUGAGUCCCAGAAUCAACAUUCUCAACCAGAAAUUGGACUAUGCCAUUGACGAGCAAAGGGUUUUGCUCAGCUCACUCAACGAAGAAAAGGGAUCGAGGUUGGAGUGGAUUAUCAUCUACUUGAUCAUGUUCGAGGUGUGUUUGGAGCUCUUCCACUUCUACGAGCGA